AUGAGCCGCCAGUUGACCCUCUAUCCUGGUGCUGAGCGCCUGGGUUUCAGUGGUUGCUCGGCCGUCAUCUCAGGCCGGUUCAGUGGCAGCCACGCCUCGGUCCGGGCUGGGGUCAAGGGAGCAGCAUUUGGCAGCAGAAGCCUGUUUUGUGUCGGGGGCGGCCGGAGACUGGCAUUGAGCUCUGCGGGGCGGAGUGGCGGCUUCACUCUGGGUCACGGAGGGGCGAGCGGUGGGCGUCCCGGGGGCUUCGUGGGCACUGUCUUUGGCAGCGCGGGCUUGGGGCCCACGUGCCCAUCUGUGUGCCCGCCCGGUGGCAUCUCCCAGGUCGUCGUCAACAAGAGCCUUUUGGCCCCACUCAAUGUGGAGCUGGAUCCAGAGAUCCAGAAGGUGCGCGCCCAGGAGAGGGAGCAGAUCAAGGCUCUGAACAACAAGUUUGCCUCCUUCAUCGACAAGGUGCGCUUCCUGGAGCAGCAGAACCAGGUGCUGGAGACCAAGUGGGAGCUGCUGCAGCAGCUGGACCAGAACAACUCCAGGAGGAGCCUGGAGCCGGUACAUGAGAGUUACAUCAGCAACCUGCAGAAGCAGCUGGAGAUCCUGUCUGGGGACAGGGUGAGGCUGGACUCGGAGCUGAGGAACAUGAGGGAAGUGGUGGAGGACUGUAAGAAGAGGUACGAGGUGGAGAUUAACAGACGCACGGCUGCCGAGAAUGAGUUUGUGGUGCUGAAGAAGGAUGUGGAUGCUGCUUACAUGAACAAGGUGGAGCUCCAGGCCAAGGUGGACUCCAUGACAGAUGACAUCAAAUUCUUCAAGGUCCUCUUUGAAGGGGAGAUUGCUCAGAUGCAGUCCCACAUCAGCGACACGUCCGUCAUUCUGUCCAUGGACAAUAAUCGGCAGCUGGACCUGGACAGCAUCCUGGCCGAGGUUCGAGCCCAGUAUGAGGAGAUUGCGGUGAAGAGUAAGGCGGAGACAGAGAGCAUGUACCAGUGUAAGAUCCAGGAGCUGCAGGCCACUGCAGGCCAGCACGGGGAUGACCUCAAACUCACCAAGUCCGAGAUCACAGAGAUCAACAGGCUGAUCCAGAGAAUCCACUCAGAGAUAGGAAACGUGAAGAAACAGUGCUCCAACCUGGAGACGGCCAUUGCUGACGCUGAACAGAGAGGUGACUGUGCUCUCAAGGAUGCCCGGGCCAAGCUGGACCAGCUGGAGGGAGUCCUGCAGCAGUCCAAGGAAGAGCUGGCCCGCAUGCUGCGUGAGCACCAGGAGCUCAUGAACGUCAAGCUGGCCCUGGACAUGGAGAUCGCCACCUACAGGAAGCUGCUGGAGAGCGAGGAGAGCCGGAUGGCUGGUGAAUACCCAAGUUCUGUGAGCAUUUCUGUUGUUAGCAGUACCAAUGCAGGACCAGGAGGGGCUGGCUUCAGUGUGGGCUUUGGUGCCUCGAGCAACUACAACUACAGACCUCUGGCCCUGGAGGUGAAGACUAAGGGCAGCUGCGGCAGCGAGCUCAAGGAUCCCCCGGCCAAAACCUCAGCCAGCAGCUGUGCGAGCAAAAAGGCCUCCAGAUGA